AUGGCACUGGCGUGUGGUCUGCGGACGCGGCCUUGGCCACAGCCUCCCGCCCUCGCGGAGCUGGUGCACCCGGCCCCGAGCGAUGAAUUGCAGCAGCGGCGCCCUCGCGUGCGGAUCGCGCCUCACGGGACCAAUUCGCGUCGGUUUCCGGGGACGCGCGAACAGCGGCGAUCAGCAUGUCGCAGGACGCGCGGGGCGGACGGGGCCCUCAUCGCCGGCGCCCAUUGCGGGGUGCCGCCUGCGGGCCUAUCCAGAGCGCCGAGCAUCAAUGGCGCGCAGUUCCAUAAGCCUAAUGGUGCCUCCCUGCGUUCUGCGUUGCCGGUGUUCCGUCUCAUCAUCCUGCGCAACGCGGAGGAGAGUGUGUGGAGAGGACCAGCGCACUUGCCUUGCACUUGCCCCUCCACCAUCGUGCCCUCGCUGCGCCACUUCCCCUUGGACGCCGUUUUGUGCUCCCGUUGGCGUGCCGGGGCCGCUUUCAAGUCCAGCGGUCUGUUUGGCAAUGCAAGGACGAAUCACUACUUCGGCGCCCCGCCCGGAAAAGAGUGA